AUGGUUGAGGUCUACUUGAGUAAUCUCCGAAAUGCAGUAAAUGCAGAGGAAGUUGCACAGCAGAUUUGCUCCAUAGUGGAAGCUAGCGAUAUCUAUGCAUUCGCUCAAUUUCUGGCGGAACCGUCGGUGACAGCAUUGCAAAACGAUUCAGAUUAUUUCAAAUAUUACAAUUUGCUGUAUCUUUUUGCCUAUGGCAAUAGUAUGUUAAUAGUCAGUGACUUGCAUACUUAUGUAAGUCAUUUAAAUAAACUAUCGCAUGAUGGGACGUAUAAAGAUUCUGUUGCGCGUAAGGAUGAUUUGCCCGGACUGAAUGAGACAAUGAUACUGAAAUUACGGCAAUUAACAUUGGUAACAAUGUGCAAUCGUUCAAAAAUUUUCUCAAUAGAAGAUGCGAUGCGUGAACUGCAAAUCACCGAUUUGCAACAAUUUCAGCGUCUUUUCAUUUCUGCCGUAUAUGAUGGUAUUAUUCAGGGCCGAUUGAACGCUAAAAGAGGUGAAGUCGAGGUUUUUUCAUGGAAAAAUCGGGACAUUUCCGAUGAAGAAUUGGACAAUAUUUGUCAAGAAUUACACAAAUGGAUACAGCGAUGUACCGAUAUCAAAGAGAAUUUAAGUCAUGUGGCGAAACUUACUGAAAAAGCUAUUGGAGAAGCAAAUGAACGUGAGAAUAAGUGCACUGAACAGGGAACAGAGAAGUCGAUUACUUCACAUGCAUCUAAAGUAACAUCUCAGUCGCUUUUACUACAGCUUAAUUUCUUUGUUGUGCAGGUUGCGGAAGAAGCAAAGAAAGUGCAGAAAAUGCUUGAGGAAGAAGAAGAACAACGAAUGCCCAAAGAGUUUUAUCGGCGUACAAAAACUCAACGCGGGAAAAAGCACUGUUAG